UCACAGACUGGCUUUAAACUGCAAGGAAGCAACACUCCUAAUAUUUUGGUGCAGAGUGUUUUAGACUAUGAUACCAUCAAAAGUGUGUCGCUGACACUGUAUGCUCAGGACACUCCACCAGGGGGGGCCCCAGGGGGCGGACCAUCAUACACAGCCUCAGCCUCCAUCCUGGUCACCAUCCAAGACGUUGACAACCGUCCUCCCUGGUUCCAGCCCUGCACCCUCACCGUCGUGGGCACAGCCAAGAUCUGCGUCAGCCACGGAUACUCUGGCCAGGUCAACCUCACAGUCCAGGAGGUUGGUGCGUUGUCCUUACAACCAGGACCAGUGUAUGCCAUUGAUGGAGACUCUGGUCUAAACGUGGAGAUUACAUAUAGUUUUCUAAGUGGGAACGCGGCAGGCACAUUUGAAAUCAAUGCCAACACGGGGAACAUCACGAUGACAAAGCCAGUGGACGUACCUGGCCCUCUGGUUCUAACAGUCCUGGCCACGCAGAAAGUGGACAGCGAUAAGUUUGCGACCGCCACAGUUACCCUGGAAGUUGUGAAGAAGUCUUUAAACCCGCCUCAGUUCACCCAGCCAGAGUAUGAGGGUUUCAUCUCAGCGGACGCCGGCCAGGGCAGCAUGGUCCUGGAAGGGAAGGGCUCCACCACGCCGCUCAGAGUCCUGGCCACCGACAAGGACUAUGCAGAUGGAGUGAACCCAGAUGUGAGGUAUGAAGUUCUCGGGACAACAGACUUCUCUGUCACUCCGCAGGGCUACGUCCUGUUGGCCAAAGACCUCAGUCCAGGAACUGUGACCAUAGAAUUAAAAGCUGUUGACUCAUCAAAUGAAGAAUCAAGCACAGCGCCAUUAGUCGUAGAGGUUACUCCAGGGGGUGCUCUGGGGCCGGGGGGAGAUGGGUACAGCGUGGUGGACAUGGCAGCACUGGGGGUCAGUCUCGCCGUCCUCCUGGUCGUCUGCAUGGUGGUCAUCGGACUCCUCGUCUUCCACCUCCAGAAGGGAAAAGCAGCCUGGAGGAAACUGUCUGAAGCCAGCAUCUUCCGCAGCUCUCUGGUAGGGGGCUCUGGCGGGGCCAAGGAGGGGGUGCAGUACACCAACGAGGGCUUCCACAAGGACGAUGACGCCAGCAGCACCGGCUCCCACGUCCCAGACGAGGUGGACGUGGGGCGGGGGAGCGUCCCGGGGGCCAGGGCGGUGGAGCUGCCCAAGGAGGAGGUGGUCCUGAGGGCCUCAGCUCCGCUGCACGCCCUGCUCCCUGACAGCAGCAGCCUGGACGGAUCAGACCGGGCGGACAGCGAGAGGGAGGUCAAGCCCAUCCUCACCAAGGAGCGCAGGGUGGAGGAGGGGUACAAGUCUGUCUGGUUCAAAGAGGACAUCGACCCCAACGCCAAGGAGGAAGUGGUCAUCAUCCCUGACAACGGAGAGCGGGAGGGGGAUGAGGAGGAGUCUCUGGGAAGUGGGGCGGAGGAAGAUGAUUUGCCACGCUCGACUCCGAAGGUGUUCUUUACCAACGCUGAUGUGGAUAGUGGACUUGAGGGUCAAAGUAACCAGGAGUCCGAUGAUGAUGAUGAUGAGAGUCAAACAGCUGACCUCUAAGGAGGAAGAGAUUCUGUCUCUCCGAGAGAAUUGA